AUGGAGGCUGCGUCGCGGAACCGGACAGAACCAAUUUCGUCUUCCAUCGAGGACUCAAGCAUUCAGCCUUCCGGCGUUUGCUUCGACUGGCUGUGUCUCUACGUUAUGGAUCAGAACAACAAUACUGCGGAGGGCACACUACCUCCAGUGGCCCGUGCAUACCAGCACUGGCUCGACAAGUACGCGCUAGACAUGAACCAACCUGAGAUCAAUGAAUGCAUGUUCAUACUGAGAAAGCUGGCUACUACAAGCGACCCCCCAAAGGCGAACCUGGGCCUCCACCCGAUCUGGAAACACUACAUGACUGACAAACUUGGUGAUGUUGUCUGGGGUGUGUUUUAUGCACUACGCCUCCUUUAUGUCGACAAUCGAUCGGAGCUGCGCGGCUCAGACAACUUUGAGGAAGGCAAUCGUCGGAUUGCUGAAAACAGGUUGAUGCAGAGCCCACUGGCCCGCAAGAUCAAGCAGAGAUAUCCCAAUGUCAAUCUGAGAAAGGCAAUCUGGCCUGGACCUGCACCACCACGCCCAGAGUCGUGGGUCAUUUCUGAACACCAGUCAGUGUCGUCGCAAAAAACGCAGAAGCGCAAGCACCAAGAGGUCUCCGAGAGCGACGACGAGCACUACGGUCAUCCAGGAUAUCUCGUACAAUCAGAUAUACCGUCCCAGGAAGAAGUGCCGGCUAGAACGCGACUGCUGCCAAAGAGAAAGUCGGGAAACCGCCGGGUGAGCUACGAUCCGAAGGAGUAUUUUGCCGGACUAGACUUGGGCGGCGAUCGCGACACAUCAUCGACGAAGGCGAAAAAGGAAUCAAGCAAGUCGGAAGGUCCCCCAAAGUUGGAAGCCAAGAGCUCCCAACUUACAACUCUCCUGUCUCUUAGACCACCACCAACUGCUCAGGCCAAGAAUCAGGUCACUUUCACGACCAACGGCACAGAGGAUACACUGGUACCACCUGAUGAACGAAUCGAUUCACCGCAAGUCGCGGCUGAUCAGGAUGCAUUUCAGCCAGCAAAGGAGUCUGAAAGCACAUCUCAACUUAGUGCCCGCAUUGAAUACCUUGAAAUGGAGAACAACACACUCCGUCGGCGCUCGGAUAACCUAGCUAAGAUCGCUAACGAUGCUUUGGCACGAGAAGAGAAGGCGAUCAAAGCAAACAGAAAACUCUACGCAUGCAUGAAGCCUCUGCGUGACCAGGAACCACCGGCUCCAGCUGAAGUGUCGGAGGACGACCUUGCAUCCCUUGUUGAACGAAUGGUUGCUCAACAGAUCGAGAACAUGGGGAAUCGAUGA